AUGGCCAGUAUUAUCAAAAAUCAACUAAUCAAACAUCUUUCAAAGUGAGUUUCAUUUUUCUUUUCCAGUUCUUCAUUUUUCCAGGUUCACAAGGAAUUUGAAGCCUGAACAAAUUUCUGUGGAUGUAUUGAGAGGCAACAGCAAAUUGAAGAACAUUGAGAUCAAUGAGGAAGUUCUUUCUGACAUUUUGGUGAGUAUUAUUUCUGUUUUUUUCCUUUUUGUUUAUAAUCAAAAAAAUUAAGUUUUUUUCAGCUACUUAUAAUUUUAAAAAAAUUAGGGAUUCUACCGAAAAAUCGUUUUUUUAUAAAUUGCAUUGAACAUCUUUUGCUUAAAUCUAAAAAUUUAUAGUAUUUGAUUUUCAGGAACUCCCAUCUUGGCUUCGAAUAAAAAAAGCUUGUUGUUGUGGGGUAACAGUUAAUGUACCAUGGACCCGGUUAAAGACUUCUCCGAUUCAAAUCGUAUGUUUUUUUACAAUCACUUUUUUUGAAGGGAAAUUAUUGAAUUUGAAGUAAGAUGUUUUGAAAUGUGAAGUAGGAAUUUUGAAUUUUUCAGUUCGUAGACGAAAUUUUUGUGACGGUCGAGCUUGUCAGUGGGAGAGCCAAAAGAGGAGAAAACCCUUUUGCGUAAGUUUCCAUUUCUUUUCACUCAUAUCAAAGCCAUAUAAAAAUUGUUUUUGUAGUGGAGUAUGUUUCGAAUUUUUUGCUAAAUAGUUCGAAAAAAAGCUCAAAAAAAUAUUGAUGCCGAGCAAUUUUGUAUCCUUCAAAAGAUUACUUUGGAACUCUAGAAUGGUUUCUAAAGGGGCAGUCUUAAAACCCUUAGAGGGUCCCCUAGGGCCACUUCAUCAAUUCCUAUAGGGACCACUUAAACUUGCAAAAGUGGUCCCUAUAGGGAACUCUAAACAAAGAAACAUUUCCAUGGAAAAAACUGAGUAAGCUUUUUUUUGAAUAAAAUUGAACGACCCCUAGGGUACACUUGAGCUUUCGGGGCUAAAUGGUCAGGCUCUAAACCCCUAUAGAAACCACCGUAACUUUAAUCUUAUAAGGAUGCCUUUUUCGGGCCGUAUAGGUGUUGUUUCCCCUCCUAAACCAUCUAGGGAAUUCCUAAGUGAAAAGAAUUUGAACAGAAUUUGCCUGAAAACUCAAAAAAAAAAUUUACCAGUAGCAUCGAAAAUAAAAAGUUUGUCGUUUUGAAGAUGACCUUGAAAAUAGGUACACAUAAAAGCUUCUUUUUCAAACUAGGCUGUUUCAGAAACAUGGCGGAUAACUCUUCGUACGGCUUCGCUAACAAAGUCGUUGAGAAUAUGUCCUUGUUUAUCAAUUCCGUUGAAAUAAAUUUCGAUUCCGAUGAAUUUGGAGGAUCUUUUACGGUAUCAGCUUCACGAUUUCUCGACCAAUUUCAGAUAAUUCCAGUUAUCUCGACUUUCGGUCGUGAGUAAGAGUCCUGGAUGGCAAACGGCAAACGAUCUCCGGUUGACGCGAAUCACCUGCUCGGCCACUAAUAGGACUCUUAUGUACAAACAGGUUUUCACUCGUUUCCCAUUUUGCAGCUGUCAUUCGAAAUUUCAGAUUUCCUGGCAAUUGCUUCGAGUUGAAGCGUCAGCCAAGACGUCGAAAGAUGAACAAAGGAGCAAAAUCAACGCUCCUCUGAGGCUCAUUACGAGCGGUGGAAAAAUACGAGUGGCACUCAAAAAAAGUUCUAUUGGUGAAUAUUUUACAUAUUUUUGGCUCAAAACCAUAAUUUUUGGUUUUCGGAUUUUGGGAAAAGACACUUUACUAUGAAUUCCUGGGAACAAACCUAUUUUUGCUUAAAUUCAAUUUUUUUUGAACGGGUUAUUAUUUGUUUCAAAAAAAUUAAGUAGAUGCAUAUUUCGGUUUUUUUAAGGCCAAAAAAAGUUUUUUUAAUGUUUCAAGCCUCUUUUUUUAUCAACGUGGUUUUGAAAAAAAUGAAGAGUUUUGAAUAAACAUUUCGCUUCAAAUUUAUGGAAAAAAAUAUUGAUCAAAAAAACACUACUGACAACUGUAAAAACCGUAUUUUUCUUGAAUUUCCAAUAAUAUCUGCAAAACUGAAAAAGUUUUUUUCAUAGCUUCGAAUUAGUUCAGAAAUUAAAUGAGAUUAAAAAAAUAUAUUUAUUUUUUUAGGAUUUUUUUAAAUUUAAAGGAAAAAGGGAAACUUUUUAUCAAAAAAAUAUUCAAACUCGGUACUCAUUUAUCGUGGAGAAAAGAAAUUUUCAUUCCAAUGAUCAAAAACUUCAGAUGGAUCUGUCAUUCAUGCGCGGAUUCAAACGAUCAUGGAAGACAUUUUGUGGGUUGCCACACUUCCUCAGCUCCGAUCGGCCAUAGCUUUUUCUUCCUACAUCAUGAGCCUUGUGAAAGAAGCUCAAAAGGAAGUCGUUCUGGUUAGUUGAGGUUUUAAUGCUAAAACUAUGAACUUCAAAUCAGGUUCCAACUCCGGCAGGAGCUUCUUCCCACCGUCCUCGUUCCUCAGAAGCUCCAUUGUCGGAUUCUUCAUCAAACGCCUUCAAAAUGUUCUAUUUCGACCAAACUUCUUAUCAUCUUCAUGUAAAUAAAAUUGAUUUGCAUCUCUGUGACGACGCCAACAUCACAAAUAGUGAGAGACAAAAGUUCAGCUUCAUCAUUUUGUUUUUCAGAAUACCCUCCCGGUUGGGAUAUUGAAAGCGGAGCGAUGCAAGUGACGUUGUAUCGGGUUCUCAUCGACAUUUAUCCCAAGACUCUUGCGAAAUCAGACAGGUUGGCUUGAAAUUUCUUUGUCUUUGUUAUUUGGUUUCAGAUCAACCUGGAUGCAUUACCAACCGGCCAACGUUUUCACUCAGUGGAUGCAUAAAAGGCUAGACGACCAGUUUUUGGAACUGAUAAAGGCUAUAAAAGGUCAGUUUUUUCAAUCUCAGCUAUCAGAUGAAUUCGGUAUUUUCUCGGUAUAGUGUCACAAAAUCUAGGAUCAACGUGUCCCGUUGAUCAAAAAUUUCUCAAAAAAUCUUGAUAUUAUGAACCAUGAAAAACUACAAAACUUUAUUUUUCGAAUAUAUCACUCCGAAUGUCAAAAAAAUCACUUUAUAUAGAACAUUUUUCCAGAUGACACGAGUCGAACUCGAUUAGAAAGAUGUUGGCCGCAGCUGAUGGGAUUCCAUGUCGUGGUCCGGAUCUAUGACGUCAUUGUUCAAUGUGUUUCCGACAAAAACACCAAGAAAGACGCCUUGAAAGAUCUUUUUGUCAGUGAGAGGUCGGUCGAGCUUUUUUAACACUAAAAACGAUUUCUUUUUCUAUCUAACUUAAAAUAGAGGGUGUGUUCAAAGAGAUUUUUAAUCACCAAAGACGGAAUUUAUGUGAUUAUUACGCAUCUGUUCCGCAUUUAAAUAUCAAUUUUGAAGUGAUCAGUUUUCUCUUUGUAAAAAUUUUUGUUCUUGACGAUAAGAACAAAGUAUUUGAAAGCUACUCAAUAUUUGGCAGGUUUUAGGCAUGCUCGAGCCUUACCGACCGACCAAUACGUGGUACAUUUUGAAUUGGCUAGCUAUUUUCAUCCGAUGACGGACACUCUUCCAGGUUUUAAAACAUAAACAUUAAAGGCGCAACUUGAAAAAAGCUUCAGUUCCAAAAUUGGCGAUGUACCUUCAAAUGGGUCCCUUCUCUCUGACCUUCGAUGAAAGGACUUUGAGAUGGUGCCUGUAUGUCGCGCACAAUCUCGGAGAAGCCAUUGUUAAUCAAACUUUGUUUUGGGUGAAUAACUCAUUUUUCUAAAGGAAGACGGAAAUCUAACUCCAAAAAUCGACACAACCGCGCCGAAACCUGAUAUUCGCAUCGAUUUAUUGAUGCCAAAGGUUGAACUUUUUCUAAAACUUAUUUCGAAUUAGCCUUUAGUUGGUCUUCCCUCUACCAACUCCUACUAACGAUGCUCGACUUCCACUUCGAUUACUCAUCUCCAUGUCGACGUUGUCCAUCAGUUCGUGUGAUUUCGAAGCUUCUCAACGUUUCCACGUCCAACCUUUCGCUGGCGCAGUGGAAGCCUUGGAUUUUUUGCACGGGAAAAAGGAGUUCAUGGAACAUGUUGCCCAUAUUCAAUUGGGAUCGACACCUAUAGGUUAGUAUGACAAAAAUUGUAUUCAACUGUUUUUAUAAAAAAAAAUCUUUUUUUUUUUCAAGAAUCGGAGAAAUUUUUCCUGCGAACUUCUCCCGUUUGGAUCGACACGGACCACGGCAAUUUCACCAAAGGCUUGCCAUUGAUAAAUGACGUAAAAACGACUUUAUUUCAAAAUUUAAUAGGAAGUUUAAGGUGUCUUUCUGUGGAGUUAUGAUUGCGGAUCUGAAAAAUCUGAGCGUUUACGUUGAAGCGACGGAUGAAAUCACGCUCAUUAUUGAUCAUUUCCAGUUUCUGCAGGUUUAUUUUACAUUUUCAAAGGGUCUGAAGAAGAUAUUUUGCAGGUCACAAGGUUCGCUUCAAAAAUUGGAGAGUUCUUUGAGAUUCUGUCUGCUGAUCAGAAGCAUUUCACGGGUGAGAAGCCGUCUUCGGGUCCGUGCGUUUUCUUCCUGGCCAAUAUUGAAAAGGUACAUUGUUCUCCUUUCAAUACUCGAGUUUGUGUGGUAAUAAGUGGAUUGGUUUUUUGCGAUCACUUUAAAUUUUCAUAUAAACCUUUCAACCAGUUUUUUUCCAUUCUGGCAACGUUUUUUUUUUCUAAAUUGUUUUUCUACUGUAGAAAAAUGUUGGACAUUCGAUCGUCUUAGAAGUAAAUUCUCAGAUAAGAGCUCAUGUCUUCCUGACGAUGGGCUCAAUGGCUUCUCCCUACGAUUCUUGUCCAGCUAUAACCGACGCUACAACAAACAGCAGCUUCAUGGAACGUUUAUCAGGUGAGCACACUUGGAAUCGUGAAAGAAAAAACAGAUCAACGAACAUCGUCGUAAGAUAA